AUGUCUGACGACGAGGAUUUCAUGCAGGAGUCCGACGAGGAGCAAUAUGACUUCGAGUACGAGGAAGACGACGAAGACGAGUCUGCCGAUGUCGAUAUCGAGAACAAGUACUACAAUGCGAAGCAACUGAAGACGACCGAUCCCGAAGAUGCCAUUGCCGAAUUCCUGGGCAUCCCGCCUCUCGAAGAGGAAAAGUCAGAAUGGGGGUUCAAAGGAUUGAAACAGGCUACUAAGCUGGAGUUCAAACUCGCGCAAUACGACAAGGCAUCCGAACACUACGAGCAGCUGCUCACGUACGUCAAGUCUGCUGUUACACGAAACUACUCCGAGAAAUCUAUCAAUAACAUACUGGACUUCAUCGAGAAGGGUGCAGAGAGCCCUGAGGCGGUACGAUGCGUGGAAAGAUUCUACUCCUUGACCCUCGAGAGCUUCCAGAGCACCAACAACGAACGGCUCUGGCUCAAGACAAAUGUCAAACUUGCCAAGCUUCUUCUUGAUCGCAAGGACUACUCUGCCAUCACGAAGAAGUUGCGGGAGCUGCAUAAGGCCUGUCAGAUGGAGGAUGGGAGUGAUGAUCCUAGCAAAGGCACAUACUCGCUGGAGAUCUACGCCCUGGAGAUCCAGAUGUUGGCGGAGACCAAGAACAACAAACAGCUAAAGACGCUGUACCAGCGCGCCCUGCAAGUCAAAUCGGCAGUCCCACACCCGCGUAUCAUGGGUAUUAUCCGAGAGUGUGGUGGAAAGAUGCACAUGAGCGAGGAGAACUGGGACGAGGCUCAGAGCGACUUCUUCGAGUCGUUCCGCAACUACGACGAGGCUGGCUCACUGCAACGUAUUCAGGUGUUGAAGUACCUUCUGCUUACCACCAUGCUGAUGAAGUCGAACAUCAAUCCGUUUGACUCGCAAGAGACCAAGCCAUACAGAAAUGACCCUCGAAUCUCGGCCAUGACAGAGUUGGUGGACGCGUACCAGCGCGACGAUGUGCACGGCUACCAGAGGACGCUGCAGAAUAAUCCGGAUCUGUUGUCAGACCCAUUCAUCGCAGAGAACAUUGACGAGGUGACGAGGAACAUGCGAACCAAGGGCAUUGUCAAGCUCAUCGCCCCAUACACGAGAAUGAAGCUGUCCUGGCUUGCAAAGCAGCUUAAAAUCUCGGAACCCGAGGUGCAGGAUAUUGUCGGGUUCCUGAUCGUGGAAGGCAGGAUCAAGGGCCGCAUCAACCAGCAGUUAGGCAUUCUCGAGAUCACAUCCGAGGCGGAUAUCGAGCGUAUCGCCGCCCUCCAGGGUCUCGCGACGUCGAUAUCGGAGAUGUUCACUGCCGUAUUCGUAGAUGGAGAUGGGUUCCGUGUGAUAGAUCACGGUGGCGACGACGAGAUGCAGCACAUGAUGGCAAUGAGGCAGCGAGACGGAUUUGGUCGACCUGGAGCCAAAGGCAAGAAAGUCAAGCCAACCUGA